AUGGACGUUUCGGCUUUGUCACAAUGUGGUAAAUAUGACAAUAUUAUUGUAAUGGAGCACAAUCCAGCAGCAGCUCCAAAGAUCGUCAACGCUUCGAAACAAUUGGACAGGAAUGUUGACCUUAUCGUGUCGGGUGAGUAAUAUCUUACUGAUUUUGAAGUAGGUUUGUGUUUUGUUUGUAAAAUACAAUACAAAGUACCUUAGCAUUGCUAAUAUAAAUCGAGUUAAUCUCUCUGUUUUAGGUCACACUCAUGCAGGACAGUUCUACGUCAUGAUUCCUUAUGUCUACUGGUUCUUACCCUUCUGGUACGGUACUUACGAGAUCGAGACUACCAAGCUGUUAGUAUCUGCUGGCACCUUGUACCAGGCAGCUCCUAUGAAGAUGGUGGGAAUGUCUCAGAUAUGGGCUUUAACACUCCAUUAG